AUGAAGUCACCUGACAGUGAGGCUGAGGAUAAGACCCCACAAUUUGUCGACUCCUUUGCCCGAAACACCGAACAUCGUGUGCAUGGUGUGUUGACUAUGACCUCUAUAUCGUUUGGCAACGCAAACUCGGGAACCCAGAUAGGGAUCAACAAUGGGCCAAUAUAUUCUCCACCGGAGCGACCGGAAUCUCGCCCAGACCCUCUGUCGACCGUGCCAUUUCCACACGAACCAGAUUUUGUCAGUCGUGGUGCACUUCUUGACCGAAUUCACGAUAAAGCCUCGAUCCCGGGGUCUAGAAUAGUACUCGUCGGUCUCGGGGGCGUUGGGAAAACACAACUCGCCGUCGAAUACGGUCACCGGAUUCGACGACACUCGCCAGGAACAUGGGUUUUCUGGAUUCAUGCGAGUAACGCGGCCCGCUACGAGAAAAGUUUCCGUGACCUUGCGGAUCGAGCCAAAAUUCCCGGGCGCCAAGACCGCAACGCCAAUAUAUUUCAACUCGUUGGCAACUGGCUACGUGAUGAAAGCAUCGGAAAAUGGGUUCUUAUCAUAGAUAAUAUCGACGAUGACGUGCUACUCCGCAAACCUUCGGCGAUUGGUCAGGAGAGCCAGGCAACUGGCCAGAGCAAUGCACCGACACAGCCACUGCUAAACUACCUCCUCGAAAACUCAACUGGCUCCUUCAUUGUCACAAGUCGGAAUAAAGCAGUAGCAUUUGAUAUCGCCGAUCACAAGAAUAUCAUCGAAGUGCAACCAAUGAGCAAGGCCGAAGGGUUGAAUCUGCUACAGAAGAAGCUGGAUAUACCUGGGAUGCGCGAGGGCAUGGUGCAGCUGGUUGAAGCGCUUGAAUUCAUGCCACUCGCGAUCGUGCAGGCCGCCAGCUAUAUAGCGCAUCGUUCUCCCCGUUGCUCAGUAUCGCAAUACCUGAAGAAACUCCAGGAAAGUGACGGCGAAGCUGUACGGUUGCUCAAUAAAGAAGCAGGUCUUCAUUACCGAGACUGGGAGGCUAAGAACUCUAUUCUGCUCACAUGGCAAAUAUCUUUUGACCACAUUCGAGGCGUAAGGUCAUCUGCAGCAGAUCUGCUCUCUUUGAUGAGCUUUUUCGACCGACAGGGAAUCCCAGAGAGCAUCCUCCGAGCUCAGCAACGCCGAGAAAUGAGAAAAUACUUGUGUGCAGAGACAAUUGAGGAUAGUUCCGGAGAAGAGGAUGAACGCAGCGUGUCUGAUCUUGACGCGGAUGAGACUUUUGAAGAUGAUAUUACCACGCUGAGAGACUAUUCAUUGAUUUCGGUCGGGGUAUACAGCACAGUGUUCACAAUGCAUCGACUAGUGCAAUUGACCGUGCGCACUUGGCUGGAAACUCACGGCCAACUUGAACAUUGGAAGGAAAAAUUCAUCAAAAAUCUCUGUUACGAAUUCCCAACCGGAGAAUAUGAAAAUUGGGUACGGUGCCGCUCGCUCUUUCCACAUGUUAAAUCAGCGUUGUCACAACGACCAGAAUCGACAGACUCUCUACGGCAAUGGGCCACGCUACUUUACAAAGGGGCGUGGUAUGCGCAAGCUAGCGGUAUGUUUGCGGAAUCAAGGGAAAUGGCAUCGAAUUCACGAAAGCAGAGAGCAAAGAUUUUUGGCGCAGAAGGAGACGAGACCUCGGAAAGCACUGCAAUGUUAGCGACGGCAUAUCGGCUCGAGGGGCGGUGGAAAGAAGCCGAGCAACUUGAGGUGCAGGUGAUGGAGACCAGCAAGACCAAGCUCGGUCAUGAUCAUCCGGACACGUUGUCGAGUAUGGCCAAUCUAGCGUCGACGUAUAGGAACCAAGGCAGGUGGGAGAAGGCCGAGCAGCUAGAGGUGCAAGUAAUGGACACUUGCAAGUUAAAGCUCGGAGAGGAGCACCUCGACACGCUGUCGAGUAUGGCCAACCUAGCGUCGACCUAUAGCAAACAGGGUCGUUGGGAGGAGGCUAGACAUCUCAACGCACAGGUGAUGGAGAGUCGUAAAAUGAAGCUCGGCGAAGACCAUCCUGACACGCUGUCGAGUAUGGCCAACCUAGCGUCGACGUAUAGGAACCAAGGCUGGUGGGAGAAGGCCGAGCAGCUUCAGAUGCAAGUAAUGGAGGCUCGCAAGUUAAAGCUCGGCGAGGACCACCCCGACACGCUAUCGAGUAUGUCCCGCUUGGCCUUAACGUAUAGGAAACAUGGCCGGUGGAAAGAGGCCGAGCAGCUCGAGGUGCAAGUAAUGAAAACUCGCAAGACGAAGCUUGGCGAGGACCAUCCGUCGUCCCUAUCGAUAAUGGCCAACUUAGCGUCGACUUAUAGAAAUCAGGGCCGGUGGGAGAAGGCCGAGCAGAUGCAGGCACAGGUGAUGCAGACUCGCAAGACAAAACUUGGACCGCAACAUCCCUCUACGCUAUCCAGUAUGGCCAACCUGGCGUCGACAUAUAGGAACCAGGGCCGGUUGGAGGAGGCCGAGCAGCUCCAGAUUCAGGUGAUGGAGAUGAGCAAGAGUAAGCUCGGCGUGAAUCAUCCCUCUACGCUAUCCAGUAUGGCCAACCUGGCGUCGACGUUCUGGAAACAGGGCCGGUUGGAGGAGGCGGAAAAGAUCGACGUGCAGGUGAUGGAGGCUCGUAAGAGGAAGCUAGGCGAGGACCAUCCCUCUUCGCUAACGAGUAUGGCCAACUUAGCGUCGACGUAUAGGAAGCAAGGCCGGUGGGAGGAAGCUGAGAUGCUCGAGGUGCAGGUGAUGGAGACUCGCAAGACGAAGCUCGGCGAAGAUCAUCCCUCUACGCUAUCGAGUAUGGCCAAUCUGGCUUUCACCUGGGAAUCUACAGGCCGAUAUAUCGACGCGAUUGAUAUGUUGAGGGUCUGCAUAGUGAAGCAGCGACAUGUCAUAGGUUCAGCCCAUCCUCGCACCGUUUCUAAUGCCAAAACCUUGCUAGAAUGGGAAAGUAGGGUUUUGGAUAUCGAUAUAUGA